UCGUACUUCACGUAACAUUUCUUUAACGAUCUUUAACGAUUUGAUAUCUUUUAAAAUGUUUAGAUUUUACUCAUUCUUGUUAGUUGGAAUUUUGAUGCGGGAAGGAAGCGCUGAUUUGGUACUGGCCCCUCAGCGCUGCGCGCCCGGUGACUCUGAAUGCUACAUCACCACAAACACUUUACAAGCUCUCUCUCAAAUCGGAUAUGGGUUACGCGAGUAUGGAAUCAAACCUUUAGAACCCAUGUUAUUUAAGAACGUAACGUUUGGCCAAGGGCUCUUCAAAUUGGAAUUCCCACGUAUGAGAAUAGUUGGUGCUAAAGAUUGUAAAGUUGAAGACAUAAAAUUGAAUUUUGCACAAUCUACAAUGUCGGCAACUUUUGGAUGUCCAGUGAAAAUUACAGGGAAAUACAAGUUCAAUGGAAAUAUAUACUUCUACGAAACCAGCCACGAAGGAAAUUAUGUCAUUAAAUCAGACAACAUAAGAACAACCAUUACUUUCCAAAUCGAUACGAUUCACGGCGCCAAUGGCAAACGUUACUGGAAACUGAAUGUCUUGGAAUACGUGUACGAGCCUCAAGAAACUCUUCGCAUACAACUUGAAAACCUCUUCACAAGCGAAGUAAGCAAAGAAUCACCAUACUUUAGUCCGGCGACCGGCGAUUGGUGGCCGUCAGUUGCUAAGAUCGCGGAACCAGUGGUUAGUGCAGCCGUGGGAGGUCUUCACGGUUACCUAGAGGCAUUCUUCCAGCACGUACCACUUGAACAACUCUCCAGUCAGAUAUUGCCAAGACCGAUCUACGAUCCACGAGCCCAAUCCAUUGCCGACCUAGAAUGCUUUAGUUUCGGUUCUGUGUCGGAUUUGCUGUAAUUGAUUUUGCUGUUUUAAAUUUUAUACCCUUUUAUAAUAAAGGUAGUUA